AUCAAGUUCUACAGCAGUCAAACAAGACUAUAAUGAAUACAUGUGGACUAUGAGAAAGGAGUUUUCAGAACCGGAACCAUCAGUGAUAGUAGAGCAGGACAAUAUUACAAACUUCAGCAAAGAGGCUAUGCACUUUGUACAUGUUUAGAAAUGGAUCAUGUCAAUUGUGAUCACACUCACUGCACAACUGCAAACCAAUCGGUUUGUCAGACACUAUCUGAAAUUGAAUGGGAGAGAGGAAUUUGGAAUGCUGCUUUUAAUGGUGACAAAGAGAAAGUGGACAUGUUAAUACACAAAGCAAACAAUCCUAAGGAAUUUGUGAAUAUGCCAGACAAUUCUGGGUACACAGCAAUGCACUAUGCCGCACGUAAUGGUCAUGUAGACAUAUGUAGAAUUCUGCUGGGGACUGGAGCCUGUGUUGACGCCCAGACUAGUGGAUUGGCUACACCACUUCAUAAAGCUGCAGCUGCAGGUAAAGCAGCUACCCUAAAAUUCCUUAUUCAGUGUGGAGCAAAUGUGUUAAUGCAAGAUACGGAUGGCGAGACUGCUCUUCACAAGGCUAUAGCUAAUAAGCGUACAGACCUGAUCAACAUUUUACUGGAAGCAUGUCCUGAACUUGCUAAUGUUAAAGACAAGAGAGGUCGUGUUGCAACCGAACUUUCACAGAACUGAAUAAUUUGAUAUUUGGAGAUUAAUUACUCCAUUGAUUUGAAUCAAGACCAUCUUGUUAUACAAAUUUGUUUAUUACUAGCUGUGCCGGACACUCCGAAAAUUGGAUCCUAGGCAGGUAUAAGUGUGGAUUGUUAUCAAAAUAAAGUAUUGUGUGGGCCCCGUUUCAUAUAAUGAUAAAGGACUAUUGGAAAAUUUUGACUAAUAUUUUGUAUAAGUAUGAAAUAGGUGCCUAUAUUGUUUACAUUAUAUUAUUUUAUAUUGAUGUGAAAGCCAUAAUUAUUUUAUUGACAUCGAAUAUUGUUUUCUUAUUAUAUUUAAUAUAAUUUAGUUACGUGGAAAUUACGAAGUUAAAGCUGUAUUUUAUGUUAAUCAGUUAUUUAUUCAUUGUUAUAUUAUUUUUUAAUUUUAAAGAGUUAUUUAUUUAUCUUGCAGCCCUGUUAGAGUAUUAUUUGCGUCUGGAGGUAAUUGCGUUAGGUUUAUUAUAUGUUAUUAUGUUAAUUAAUGAUUAUUAUGAUUAUAUAAUUUGCCUAAUAUUGCUAUAAUAGAACCUGAAUAUAAAACUAUUUUGUUACUUGUAAGGCACUUCAAAAUACACAAAGUUUUUAAAUUAAGUACCUAGUAUAAGUGUAAUAGAGGGAUAUUUUUGGCGAAAAUGCCAUUUUAAAGAUACCUACCGUUUUAAUUUAUAUACUUAAUGAAGUGAUGUUACAAAUGUUAGCAACGUUUUUAAACAAAAUAUCACUAUACAAUUUUCUAUUCUAUUUUAUGUAUAGGUUAAGACUAAUAAUGACUUUUCAUCAGUUUCAUCACAAUAUAAUUAAGGCAAGGUACUGUAAGGACCACGCACUUAAUGAAACGGACAUAAGAAUUUCAAAGUGCAUUUUAUCAACAUAUUGUAUUAUCCUCGGGAAAGAUCAGAUGUCGUCACUUUUUAAUUGCUCAUGGCAUCUCUUGACAGCCACUAUCAAAGAUUCUUCACAUAAGAUUAAGGGUUAUUUUAAUUAGUAAUUGAUAUUUACUUUAUUCAUUUAUAUAAUCGGCAGAAAAUUCGUCUUCAUAUCUAUUUCCAAGUAUGUGAAGUGAUUUUGAGAUUGGUUGUUGAGUCUUUUUGGUACCUAGUACCUAUCUCUUAGUGCUAUGCCUAGUUUACACCUGACGGAUUCUCAAUUAAAGUUAUUCUCAUUGUGGUGCAAUGUUUUUGUUUAAUUAUCGAUUACUUGCAACUACUUAGUUGUUAAUCAUAAGAACCACACGUGUUUUGAAUGUAUAGAUGUGUCUUUUGCAGUUUAAUAUCCAUUCCAAUUGGUUAGUCUUAAGUUUUAUCUAAAUUGUCGUCAUGUGUAAACAGAGCAUUUAUUUCGUAAUUUGGAAAAUUUUGUAGCGGUUAUCGCAUUGUAGGAAUAUAAUCAAUUUUAUAUUUUCCACUUACACCUUUGUACUAACAGUAAUGUUUUAGUAAUAAUAAAACGCAUGAAUGUAAAAA